AUGGAUGGAGCGAAUUAUGGACAUCGUCAAAGUUUCCCAGGUAAAUUUUAUGAUAUUUUAGUUCGUCAACACAAUUUUCCCGUUGGUUAAUUGGUAUUUUUGCAGGAAAUGGCGGCGACAAGAGGGAGUCGAGGAUUCUGGAUGGAAAUGAGAAGAAAAAGAACAGCAAAGAUAUCGAAUUGUCGGGACGACCAAGGAUUUCACAGAAAACACGGCGAUGUGAAGAGUUUCAAUAUUUUCAAUGGCUGAGGAUUUGCAAACACAGAAAAACAACGCCAACAAGUACUAAUUCAAGUUUUUCGAAAAAUAUAAGGAGAAACAACAACACCGAUAGAGAAAUCAAAGGAUUGUUCUGGUUCAAUGUUUGGACAACAUCGAGAAUUGUGUUGGAUGAAAAUGAAUUGAAAGGUUGAGCGAUUCGAAGGAUGUUUGUUAUUCUCAGGUAAUUUCUACUAUAAUUUAGUUCGGCCAUGCGAUAUUCCCGUUGGUUAAUUGAUAUUUUUACAGAAAACUGGCGUGAAGAGGAUUUUUGCCUUCUAGUGAACGAUCAAGAGAAGAUGGACAACAACAAUAGAGAUAUUCGAGGGUUUUGCAUACAAAAAGCAUUAUGAAAUCGAGACAACAACAAAUAUAUUGAUGGAAGAUGGGAAUGGAUCAGCUGAAACAAAUGGAGCCGGGAUUUCUGCAGGGCUAUUCUACUCACAACAAAUGUUUGGCUUCUUGGAAUGUUUUUUGUUUCGGUCGCGUUUAUCCAGGUAUAUUUUCAUGAAAUUUGUUGUCCCACAGCUAUUUUCAUCUUUUUUGUUUUGUUUGUUUUCCUUUUAACCACGCCUUUCUCAAUCAAAAUUUCACCUUUUUGGUUAUUGUUAUUACUUUUCAAAAGACCAUGCUCACUCCAACAAACAAUACCUGGUUGUUUAUCUGUCUGUGUCUCGUCAUUUCUCACACACUCUCUCACACACAUGCAUGCCACUUUUCUUCUUUUUUGUUUUGUUUGUUUUCUUUUUAACCACGCCUUUCUCAAUCAAUAAAUUGGUCUGCAGGUGUGUCUGCGUCUCUUUUUUUCUCUCUCUCACACACACACACAUGCCACCUUUCUUCUUUUUUUGUUUGUGUUUGUGCUUGUUUUCCUCUCCUAAACACGCCUUUUUCAAUCAAUAAAUUGGUUUUCAGGAAGAAAAAGAACGCCGAGAAAAUGGAUAUCAAAGGAGAUUCCAAUGGAUGGAGCGAAUUAUAGACAUCGACAAAGUUUAUCAGGUAAAUUUUAUGAUAUUUUAGUUCGGAAAAACAAUUUUCCCGUUGGUUAAUUGGUAUUUUUACAGGAAGAUGACGACAACGACAGGGAUUCUGGAUGGAAAUGAGAGAUUAAAACAACGGCGAGAGGAAUUCAGAGGUUUUGGAAGGCGUCGAAGUGAGGAAGUGAAACAAGUGUAUUAAUGCAUGAUGUUCAUUUUGAAAAUGGAAGAAAAUCAACAAUCUUUUGCUCAUCGGAUAAUCAGUCAAUUUUGCCAAAAAAACCGUCGCCGUGAAGACUUAUGAACAGAAGAACAGCUCAACAAAAUGGAUCAGCGAUUUUUGAAGGGAUAUUCUACUCACACCACAUUUUUGGCCGCGUUUUUGUCAGGUAUAUUUUCAUAAAAUGUUGUUUCUCAUCUUGUCGAAGUUGAAAAAUGGGGCAGCCGUAAAAAUAGAAACCAGUGCAGAGCUGAAUAAAUGACAAACUCGUUACUUCGUCAGUUGCGUGCGGCUGUGCGUUGCGGUCGAAAAAAAAAUCAUUAAUCCAUUUUUUUCCUUUGUUUUUCAACCGCAACGCACAGCCGCACGCAACUGACGCGAGUUUGACAUUUAUUCUCAGGAGAUUUUUCGCAAUUUUGCUGUACCGAAUGAGCGAUUCUGCUUGAUAAAACAUGCGAUUCGGACACUAGUUUGCCGCGGAAUCGCCUAUUAUAACAAGCGAGAUUUUUUUUUUCGUAAUCGGCAAGAAAACCGCGAGUUGCUGAACAAAUUUCGAGAAAAAAAAAACAAGAGGUUCAUUCUUUUUUAUUAUGAAAGACAAAGUUUGUCGAGAUCAAAAUUAAUUUAGUUAUUGGUGGUACUGUAGCAAUUUAAUGCCAUAGCAUUAAUAAAUACCCCUUUGUAACUUGUGAAGAUAUUAUCAGGUUCAAUUUAUAUUUAUUUGCUGCCCGACAAAAAAUGAGUUUUGCCUAUUGGCAUGCUUUCAAAAGAGAUGCUCCGCCUACUAUCCAUCUCAAUAAAAAUGGUUCCAGCAAGAAUUUCGCAACUUGCUGGACCAAAUUCAUGACACAAAUUGCAACCUAAAAAUGCAGCAAGAAUCGAGCGAGUCGCUAAAAGUGCAGCAAGGAGAUAGCAAGUUGCGAGAGGGCAGCAACUUGCUAAAUCGUUGCCCAAAAUUUCCUGAGUUCAGCUCUGCACUGGUUUUCAUUUUUUACGGCUGCCACAUUUUUCAACUUCGACAAUACCGUAGAUUAAUCGAUAUAUUUUUGCAGAUUGGCAAAUAUGUACAUCUUCAACAUAUUAUUGGAGACUCUUUUUAUUCUGGACUUAUUUCUGGUUUUCAACUAUCUAUUCACUGCUGUGAUUCAUCAAUUUUCCAAGAAUCAUCCAAUUUUUCCUUGUCACUGUUUCUUCGAAGUGUCACAGAAAAAUGGAUGCUUUUUGGAAACAUUAUACUUUUCUCCUUCGGAAAAUUAUUAGGAGAGAAAGUGCGCUCUAUUGCACUCGUUUCUCUCGUUUCGUCAUCAUUGUCUCUUCCUCUUUUUUUCUCGAUUUUUCGUUUUCCUCCUUAAUAUUACUCGUUUUUAUUUAAUCAUCAAAACGAUUGAAUAUAAAAUGUGUUUUUUUCAGAAAUACUUGGAAAAAUGCCAGCUCAACUAAGAAUUCGCGCCGUAAAUGCUGAAACUGCGAAAACCAGAGGACAAAAAGCGAAAGCUGCUCCAGUGAACAAAGUUGCAACUCGUGGAAUUGCGAAAAAUGCUGUGGCUGAAGCGACUGCGUCAAGAAUGCGAGCCAAGAGUGUUGCACCAAAGUCUGCUGAAACAACAUCCAAAAAGCGGAAAAAUGUGAGUUUUUUCUUCGUAUUUCAAAUAUUUUUUGCCAAAACAUUUAGAUGUUCUCUCAAAAAAUUUGAAUAACAAAAAGAAAAAGAUAUCAAUUGAAAUUUGAAUUUCAGGUCGGCGAGGUCAAUUCCGAAGAUGUUCGAAAUCAAAGAAGUUCUCGAGCCCGCGGAAAAACUCCUGCUCCCAAAGCGAUUUCAUCAAUGCCAAUUAUUCAUCGCCGCAUAUUAGUUGGAGGAAUUCCUGGACCUGAAGAUUAUGUUCUUUCUUCACCCGAACCAGUUGCAACUUCAACAGGAGAUCAAUCGGAAGAUACUUCAACUUCUGCACUCUCAACGAAAAAAUCUGCGCAAGGAUCAUCGGCAGAUGAAUCGGUUAGUUCAAUUUUUAUCUUCAUAAAAAGAUUUCAACAAAAAAUCGAUCGAAAAAAUAAAAAUUUAGUAUCAAUCGAAAAAUAAUUUCAAACCAAUUUUAGAACAAGAAAUCAUAAAGUUUCAAAUUUCCAAAGAAAUAAUUGAAAAUAAACAGAAAAAAGUUUGAAAUAACUGAAAAUGUAAAUCAACAUUUCAGGCUCAAAUGCCAACGGAAUCCGUCAAUUCAAAUGCUGUCGCGACUUCAACAACAGUAUCCGAUGUUCCUAUGCCAGUUGAAGGAAUUCCUGGAUCCGAAGCUGAUGUUUCAUCUCCCAGCGGACCAGUUGCAACUUCAACAGGAGAUCAAUCAAGUCCAGAUGUUCCAUCUUCGAGCUUACCAGUUGCAAUUCCAUCAGGAGAUCAAUCGAGUCCAGAUGUUCCAUCUUCGAGCUUACCAGUUGCAAUUCCACCAGGAUACCAAUCGAUAGCGGAUAUUCCAUCUUCCGGCGGACCACUUGCAAUUCCAUCAGGAUACGAAUCGAGAGCGGAUGUUCCAUCUUCGAGCGGACCAUUUGCAAUGUCAUCAGAAGACCAAUCAAGUCCAGAUGUACCAUCUUCCAGCGGACCAUUUGCAAUUCCAUCAGGAUACCAAUCGAUAGCGGAUGAUCCAUCUUCGAGCGGACCAGUUGCAGUUCCAACAGGAGAUCAAUCGACUCCAGAUGUACCAUCUUCCAGCGGACCAUUUUCAAUUCCAUCAGGAGAUCAAUCGAGUCCAGAUGUACCAUCUUCCAGCGGACCAUUUUCAAUUCGAUCAGAAGACCAAUCGAUAGCGGAUGAUCCAUCUUCGAGCGGACCAUUUGCAAUGUCAUCAGAAGACCAAUCGAGUCCAGAUGAUUCAUAUUUGACCGGACUACUUGAAAUUCCACCAGAAGACCAAUCGAUAGCGGAUGAUCCAUCUUGGAGCGGACCACUUGAAACUCAUUCAUUUGAUUCUGAUCCUUGGUUCCUAGAGGUUAGUUUUUUUUUGAUUUAUAAAGAAUUCUCAUCUGCAACUAGCAAAAAUUACCAGUGAAAAGUAUAAUUUUUAAUAUCCAACAAAAGUAAUCUCACAAGUUGAUAUUCAAAAAUUUCAAAUCAUUUUCAACCACUAAAAUUUUCCACAAACCUCAUGAAAAUUGGAAUUUCAGGGUCCUCCCCCCAUUCCACAAAAUUUUGUUGCUUUUAUUCCUGAAUCACUUAUGAGCGAAAAUCAAAGGCUUUUGUCUUUUGCCAAUCUGAAAUUUCUGUCAUUGGAAGAUAUUGUAUGGUUGGAAAUGUGGAUGGAGUAUCUGGUUGACAUAAUGAAACCUGAUCAUUAUGUACUGAUGAUGAAAGUCCAAAGCAUAUUAGUUUGCCCAACUUUACCAGUGGAUAUUAUGACCGAAAUAUUAAAUAUUAUGUUCAAAAAAUGUUUAUCGCACGUUGAUGGGGAUGAAAAUGUAACACCAAUAAGUCUAAAGUGAGUUUGGGUUGCGAGGAACCUGAGGAAUUCAGAAGGCUUCAGAAAAAAUUAUUUUUUCCAGAAUCGCUCAUCCAAAACUUCCUGAUGGUCGAGUAGGCUGGAGCAACCAACCAAUGUGUGCGUUAAAUGGGCAAAAUGUGAUGAAGCAUUUGUUGGCUGCUCAACAAUUGCAUCCCGGAUUCAAAUUCGAUGAACAUCUUCGUGUUUUGAUUGGUAUCAAGCUGCCGCUGACUCACGCUCCACAGGUUGAUGACGACAAUUCAGAAACUACUCCUCCUCCAGAAAGUGCUCAAGAAUCAAGAAGCACUUUUUCUAUGUAA